ACGCCGACGCCGCCCUCCUCCUCCUCCUCCCCUGCCGUCAAAUCUAGCUGGUCGAGCCCGAACCUGUUCUCCGACGUGUCUUUGCAGGGCGGUGGUGAACAAGGUGAACGAGCUCGGGGAGACGGCUCUCUUCACCGCGGCAGAGAAGGGCCACCUGUGAGGGAGCUGUUGAGAGAGUCGGACCGGAGCGGAACUGUUGCAAUGUGCAGAACGCCUCCUUCACUUCUGACCGUGUGGUGAGUUUUUAAAUUAGUAUAGGAGUUCCAGAUCAAUUUUAUUGUCAGUGUAGAAGCUGAAGUUUGAUAACCGAGAAGUGUGCCCUAGAAGAUUCAUAAUUAGGAACCAAUGAAAUGCUUCAGUUUUUUGUUCUAUCUUAUCCAAAC